AUGGCCGACGACGAUGAACAACCACCAUUGCCGCCACCUAAAAGGGAGAUGAAUUCACCUUUUUUUCUCGGCACAGGAGACCGACCAGGCGACUUCAUCACUCCCACUCGCUUACACGGCGACAAUUACAAUGAUUGGGCUUCCGAUAUUCAGUUGGCAUUGGAGGCACGCCGCAAGUUUGAAUUUUUGGAAGGCACUAUCACCGGACCACAACCUCCAUAUACCCAAUCUGAUUGGAACACCGUGAAUGCAAUGUUGGGUUCUUGGAUUACAAACACAAUCGAUCCCGAGGUAAAGAGUACCCUAUCUAAAUUUCGUGAUGCAAAACGCUUAUGGGAGCAUCUUAAGCAACGAUAUGCUAUGGUUAAUGGCCCAAGAAUUCAACAGUUAAAGACUUCAAUUGCUAAGUGUGAGCAACCGAAAUCUAUGUCUGUUACAACUUACUAUGGCAAAUUGAAUGUAUUAUGGGAGGAAUUAUUUAAGAAUGAACCGCUAAUUUCUUGCACUUGUUGUUCGUCUUGUACUGCCGCAUCAUUGCACCAAGCAAGACGUGAACAAGGAAAAUUACAUGACUUCUUGAUGGGACUCAACACUGAUCUGUACGCUCAAUUACGAACCAAUAUCCUUUCUCAAGAUCCCUUGCCUUCGCUUGAUCGAGCGUACCAACUGGUGAUACAAGAUGAGCGUGUGCGGCUCGCCAAGGCAGUCACAGAAGACAAGCCAGCAGAGGUCCUUGGCUUUGUUGUCCGUACAGGUGCUGGAAGAGGACGAGGAAAAACGGAGAGGCCUGUGUGUAGCCACUGCAAGAAGACGGGGCAUGAGACUUCAACUUGCUGGUCCCUCGUUGCUUGUCCUCACUGUCACAAACAUGGCCAUGACAAAAAUAAUUGUUAUGAAAUAGUGGGUUAUCCUGAGGGGUGGUUGGAUCAAAACAAGGCUGAUGGGGGUGCUGGACGUAGUCGUCAGCAGGCUGGUCGUGGGCGUGGUUCAGCUCGUUCUAACACAGCAAGUAGCACAAUUGGAGCAUCCUCUACUAAAAGUUCUACCGAUCAACUCUUCACACUCGAACAAUGGAAAGCUCUUACGGGCUUAAUUGGUAAUGCUCAAGUUCCGGAUGACAGGUUGAAUGGUAAGUUUGACACGAAGUUAUGGAUCAUUGACACCGGGGCAACUCAUCACGUGACUGGUGAUUUAUUUUGGUUAUUUGAUACUAUAGCGUUGUUUGAGUGUCCGGUUGGCCUUCCUAAUGGUGAAUCUAUUGUUGCGACCCAAUCCGGUUCCGUUCGUUUGUCGAAUAACAUCACUCUUAAAAACGUUCUUUAUGUGCCGAAACUCAAUUGCAAUUUACUUUCGGACCACACCAGGGAGCUGAUUGGAACGGGAGUUAGGCGAGAUGGACUUUACUACUUCGGUGGAGCUGAAGGUGAUUCGGUAGAACAUGUUUCUGUCCACAAUGCAGCCUCCACUUUGGAGUUGUGGCACAAAAGGAUGGGACAUCCUUCAGAGAAAGUAGUGAAGUUACUUCCUCCAGAUGUUUUUCCGUUUGGUAACCCGGGUGUUGUGAAUAUUAUUCUGGACAACAUUGUGCCUACGGUAAAUGUUGAAAUUGAUAGUGAUUUUGCUAAUUUUGUCGAUGAUGAUGUUGAUUUGCCUAACCCACAAGCCCAAACACAAAAUCCCAACCUCAUCCAACCUGAACCCCAAGCCCACCAAGAUCUUUCACCUGAGCCGGAAGUUGUUCCCACUGUUGGGCUUGAUUCACUUGGGCUUGACAAUACAAGCAAUGGGCAGUCUGCUCCUAUGGGAAAGGGAAUGAGGGAUAAAUUUCCUUCGGUUCUAUGA